UAAACGUUGUCAACAGAGCCAUUUCGAGUCUCUUACAUACCGAGCGUGAGUCGUCUGUUGGCAUAUUUUGAGUCUUAAUUAAACUUUAUACAAAGAUGGUGUCAACUGCAGAUGGACCUAAAAUGCGUGUCAACGGCGCUGUUCUCCAACAGUAUUACGGACAGCCCGUAGUACUAAUGGGCAUGGUUGAAAAGGUUGAUCCAGCAGGUAUGACAAUUAUGGUACGUGCAAGUGAUGGACAACCUAUUCAAGUUAAAUUGCAGGAACCUCUAAAGGAUAAUGUUGAAGGACUGAUAGAAAUUCACGGUAUUGGCCAAGGCAAACAAGUUUUGUGCGAAACCUUUGUAACUUUCCCAUUGCAAGAAGGAAGCACUUUUGAUAUGGAAGCAUAUAAUCAAGCCAUCACACUAAUUCAUUCUGUAACUCCCAAUCCUUGGAAGUUUGAUUAAUGUGUUGAAUUGUAUUAACAUAUCUUUUUUGCAAAUUAUUAUAUUUUUUUAUACCACAGUAGAUAUUUCCUUGUUGAUCUUUAGGUUUACCUAUCCUGAGCCAUAUCUGGGAAUUAUUUUGGAAAUACAUUUAGAUUACCUUGGAAAUGGUUUUUAAUUUGAAUAUUUUAUGCUUUAUUACCCUCCCUGUCUUAAGUAAAAAAAAUGGUUUUAUAAUAAUUCAUUAACCUGCAAAAAUAUUGGCAAGCAUGCUUCUGUUAGUCUUUUUUUCUGCAGUAGUAAUUAAUUAGAAUCAGUACUAAAUAAAAUUAUAAGAUUAUUCA